GGAGAGGUCCCGUCAACCCACGGCAUGAAAGGGUAAUCAGUGUCAGAAUAAUCGAUAGUUCAGCCACACGAGAGUCCUGCGGUCAGUCCAGGUCUGACCGAAACUCCAACAGAGACCUGCAGUCUCGGUCCCGGUGUGUGCAGAGACCAUGGAGCCGCUGCUGUACCUGUCCGGUGUGCUCGUGCUGUUCCUUCUGUGGAUCAGAGUCAAAGGUUUGGAUUAUGUGAUCGUCCAUCAGAGGUGGAUCUUCGUCUGUCUCUUCCUGCUGCCUCUCUCGGUUAUAUUCGAUAUAUAUUAUUAUGUGCGCGCGUGGAUCAUCUUCAAGAUGUGCUCUGCACCCAGGCUGCACGACCAGCGCGUGCGCGACAUCCAGCGACAGGUGGGUGAGUGGAGGAAGGAGGGCAGGAGAACCCACAUGUGCACAGGACGACCUGGCUGGCUAACCGUGUCCCUCAGAGUGGGAAAAUAUAAAAAAACCAACAAAAACAUCAUGAUUAACAUGAUGGACAUCCUGGAGGUGGACACACACAGGCAGGUGGUGAGAGUCGAGCCACUGGCUAACAUGGGUCAGGUGACUGCUCUCCUCAACUCUAUUGGCUGGACUCUGCCGGUGCUUCCUGAGCUGGAUGACCUCACUGUGGGUGGUCUGGUGAUGGGAACAGGCAUUGAGUCGUCCUCUCACAUUUAUGGGCUGUUUCAGCACAUCUGUGUAGCAUACGAGCUGGUUCUCGCUGACGGCAGCUUGGUGCGCUGCACUGAGGAGGAGAACUCGGACCUGUUUCAUGCUGUCCCAUGGUCCUGUGGGACUCUAGGGUUCCUGGUUUCAGCUGAGAUUAAAAUUGUCCCAGCUAAGUCCUGGGUAAAGCUGCACUAUGAGCCUGUCAAAGGACUGGAAAACAUCUGCCGACGCUUCGCUGAGGCGUCAGAGAACAAACAGAACACAUUUGUGGAGGGUCUCCAAUACAGUCUGGACUCUGCAGUCAUCAUGACAGGAACCAUGACGGACCAUGCUGAGCCUGAUAAGAUUAACAGGAUCGGUCUGCACUUUAAACCCUGGUUCUACAAACAUGUGGAGGGAUACCUGACAGGUAACUACACUGGAGUCGAAUACAUUCCCCUGAGACAGUACUACCACAGGCACACACGCAGCAUCUUCUGGGAACUUCAGGAUAUAAUCCCCUUCGGUAACAACCCAGUGUUUCGCUGGCUGUUUGGAUGGAUGGUUCCUCCUAAGAUCUCCCUGCUAAAGCUCACUCAGGGGGAGACUAUCAGACGUCUUUAUGAGCAGCACCACGUGGUCCAGGACAUGCUGGUUCCAAUGAAGCAUCUGGAGACUGCUAUCACACGCUUCCACCAGGACAUUCAGGUUUACCCGCUGUGGCUGUGUCCCUUCCUGCUCCAUCCUGGCAGAGGGAUGGUCCAUCCCAAAGGUCUGCAGGGAGAGUUGUACGUGGACAUCGGGGCUUAUGGCGAGCCCAAAGUCAAGCACUUUGAAGCAAAAGCAUCAGCGCGUCAGCUGGAAAAGUUUGUGAGAGAUGUGCAUGGGUUCCAGAUGCUGUAUGCGGACGUCUACAUGGACAGAGAGGAGUUCUGGGAGAUGUUUGAUGGACAACUGUAUCACAAACUGAGAGAGGAGCUCGGCUGCAAGGACGCCUUCCCCGAGGUUUACGACAAAAUCUGUAAAUCUGCCCGACACUGACCUUCAUCACCAGAUGGUGCUUUCUGCAGCUGAGCCAGCUUCUGGAUUUUUUCACCAACAUAAUAAUUAAAAGAACUUUAACAUGUAGAUAUAUCUCGGAAUUUUUGAAGAUGAAAUUAAAAAAUUGAAACCUC